UUCAUUUCGCCAAUCCGUAGAAAAUGCUGAGAAGAGUAGUGCUACAGGCUGCGACGCAUCGUCGUCGUCGUCCCUUCUUACCUUCUUCAAUAUAUGCAUUUCGACAAUGUUCAAUUUCUGCCUCUUCUUCUUCUUCGUCAGAGUCAUCUCAAAAUUCAAACAGUUCUUUCGUCGAACACUUGGAGGGCCCAAACCAAUCCACCGAAACCACUGCUCAAUCCUCUACCACAAUCUCUAUCGACCGCUCUGGCUUAUACAAUCCCCCUGACCAUUCUCACCAACCGUCGUCGGAUUCUGAGCUUGUUAAGCAUCUCAAAGGCAUAAUCAAGUUUCGAGGCGGGCCAAUCUCAGUUGCUGAGUAUAUGGAGGAAGUUUUGACAAAUCCGAAGGAUGGUUUCUAUAUGAAUCGGGAUGUGUUUGGAGUAGCAGGCGAUUUUAUAACUUCUCCCGAAGUGAGCCAGAUGUUUGGAGAGAUGGUUGGUGUUUGGGUAAUGUGUCUGUGGGAGCAAAUGGGACAACCAAACAGAGUGAACUUAGUUGAGCUGGGUCCAGGAAGAGGAACUCUCAUGGCUGAUCUUCUACGUGGUGCAUCGAAGAUUAAGAAAUUUACAGAAUCACUUCACAUACACAUGGUUGAAUGUAGUCCAACUUUACAGAAGCUCCAACAUUGUAGCUUGAAGUGUACAGAUAAGGAUGAUGCUGAUGGAAAUUUAGAGAAACAAAUUAUUAGCAAGUUGUCUGAGACUCCUGUAUCAUGGCAUGCCACACUGGAGCAAGUUCCAACUGGAGUGCCGACAAUUAUUAUUGCCCAUGAGUUCUAUGAUGCCCUACCAGUUCAUCAAUUUCAGAGAGCUUCUCGUGGCUGGUCUGAGAAAAUGAUUGAUGUUGCAGAAGAUUCAUCGUUUCGUUUUGUUUUAUCUCCGCAGCCUACACCUGCAUCUCUCUAUAUCAUGAAGCGCUGCAAGUGGGCUGAGAGAGAAGAAAUAGCAAAGCUUGAUCACAUUGAGGUUUGCCCAAAAGCAAUGGACUUGACUCAAAAUAUUGCUAAGAGAAUAAGUUCUGAUGGCGGUGGGGCACUCAUAAUUGAUUAUGGUUUGAAUGGAAUAGUUUCAGAUAGUCUUCAGGCAAUUCAAAAACAUGAGUUUGUUAACAUACUGGACAAUCCUGGCUCUGCUGAUCUGAGUGCAUAUGUUGAUUUUGAGGCAGUUAGGCACUCUGCGGAAGAAGUUUCAGAAGAUGUGUGUGUUCAUGGUCCAAUCACUCAGUCUCAGUUUCUUGGUUCUCUUGGGAUAAAUUUUCGGGUUGAAGCAUUGCUGCAGAGGUGCACAGAAGCACAAGCCGAGUCUCUGAGGACAGGCUACUGGCGUUUGGUGGGCGAAGGGGAGGCCCCAUUUUGGGAGGGUCCUAAUGAGCAGACACCCAUUGGGAUGGGUACUCGAUAUUUGGCAAUGGCUAUUGUGAACAAGAAGCAAGGCAUUCCAGUUCCAUUUCAAUAAAAGCAUUCAAUAAGGUUUUAUGUUGUAGUCAUAUGCAGAACACACACCUAUUGUCCUACACGUCUCAACGACGGGUUCGUUGCGCAAUUUCGGAAAAUCUUUGUGAAUGUUUUUGUCUUUGACAAUCCUUAUUGGGGCCACAGUUGGCAAUUUGGGUUGGGUUUUAAAGCAUGGGCUCCUAACGGUUUGGGCUUUGAAGUUGUUGACCAAUGAAAAUGAUUCAUGAGUGAG